CGGCCGAUAUUAAUGCUCACUCGCCACACACUCACAGUGGUGACUAGUCGUUCACGGUGCAACCUCUCACCAUGCGAAGCCUCAUCACUUUCUUCAGCGUACUGGCAUUGGCAUUUGCCAACCAGCCCAACCCAAGCAAAGUCAUCUGUUACUACGACAGCAAGAGUUAUGUACGAGAAUCUCAAGCCCGUAUGCUACCCAUGGACCUGGAUCCAGCACUGUCGUUCUGCACCCACCUGGUGUACGGCUACGCCGGUAUUCAGCCCGACACCUUCAAGAUGGUCCCCCUCAAUGAGAACCUGGACGUAGACAAGACGCACGCCAACUACCGCACCAUCACCAACUUCAAGAGCAAGUACCCUGGCCUGAAAGUGCUGCUGUCUAUUGGCGGGGAUGCAGACGUCGACGAAACCCUGAAGUACAAUGUGUUGUUGGAGUCGCCACAGUCGCGUACAGCGUUUGUCAACUCCGGCGUACUUCUGGCUGAGCAGCACGGGUUCGAUGGAAUUGACUUGGCGUGGCAGUUUGCUAGAAUUAAGCCCAAAAAGAUUCGCUCUACGUGGGGAUCAAUCUGGCAUGGCAUCAAGAAGACCUUCGGAACCACACCAGUUGAUGAGAAAGAAGCGGAGCAUCGUGAAGGAUUCACAGCUCUAGUCCGCGAGAUGAAACAAGCUCUUAGUGUGAAACCUAACAUGCAACUAUCCAUCACAGUACUGCCAAACGUGAACGCAUCAAUUUACUACGACGUGCCCGCUAUCAUCAACCUGGUUGACAUCGUGAACCUGCAAGCGUUCGACUACAACACGCCCUACCGUAACCCCAAGGAGGCAGACUACACUGCACCCACGUACAAGCCACAGAACCGCAACGAGCUCCUCAACGUUGACAGCGCUGUGUCCUACUGGUUAACAGCUGGUGCGCCAUCUAACAAGAUCGUAGUGGCAAUCGCAACAUUCGCGCGCACUUGGAAACUGGAUUCCGAGAGUGAGAUCUCUGGUGUUCCACCUCUACAUGCCGACGGACCCGGCGAAGCUGGUCCAUACACAAAGACGGAGGGUCUCUUAAGCUACCCUGAAGUGUGCGCUAAGCUUAUCAACCCCAACCACCAAAAGGGCAUGCGGCCUCAUUUAAGGAAGGUCACUGACCCAAGCAAACGUUUUGACGUGGGCUUAACUAAGGAUGGAGACUUCUUUGGCACUUACGCUUUCCGUCUGCCCGACGACAAUGGGGAAGCCGGUCUCUGGGUGAGCUACGAAGACCCUGACACAGCCGGUCAAAAGGCAAGCUAUGUGAAGUCAAAGAAUCUUGGCGGUAUCUCCAUCGUGGAUCUGUCCCUGGAUGACUUCCGAGGUCUAUGCACUGGUGACAAGUAUCCUAUCCUGAGAGCAGCAAAGUACCGCUCCUAGAACGUCCUGUAUUUAUUUUAUAGCAUAAGUGCUUCUUAUCCCAAUUACCGCGAUAAUUAUUGAUGUCAUUUCUUAUAAUUUGAGCUAUUUAAUGGAUUUGCAAAUGUGUAUAGUAGUUAAUGUUGUAACUGCUUUAUAAAAUAAAAUAAAUAUCAAUUUUACUAUA